AUGCAGACAGGAUUUGCUUUCCUCGAAGCCGGAUCAGUGAGAUCGAAGAACACAACGAACAUCCUAAUAAAGAAUUUCUUGGACGUGUUUAUCGGUGCAGUGGCUUACUGGUUGUUCGGUUACGCGUUUGCAUUUGGCGCGGAAAGCAAUGCCUUUAUUGGACACAAGUAUUUCGCACUGGCCGAUUUACCAGCUGACAAGUACUCUCACUGGUUUUUCCAUUUCGUUUUCGCGGCCACAGCAGCAACGAUUGUCAGUGGUGCCAUGGCGGAGAGGACGGAGUUCAAGGCAUAUCUCGUCUAUUCCGUGUUUUUGACUGGCUUUGUGUACCCCGUAGUCACUCACUGGGCCUGGGAUGGAAAUGGUUGGCUGGCCACUGGUUUGAAAUACACUAAAGACAAUGUAACUAUGUCUGUAACAUACCAGAGUCAACACGACGCCACAUUGAACAAAGUUCUACAAAGACUUUCCGCCGCAGGUGUAACCCUCAAUGCAGCAAAAUGUGAAUUCAACACGACAACAAUCGAGGUCUUGGGUCAUAUCAUUAGUCUGCAAGGAAAACGACCACAUCCUGACAAAGUAUUUGCUGUAGUAGACAUGCCGCCACCGAAGAACGUUGACGAGGUAAGGACAUUUCUCGGUAUGGUAAAUCACCUGGGAAAAUUUGCCGAACACCUAGCCAACAAAACUAAGCCAAUCCGUGACUUAGCAAAGACAGGAACAGAAUGGUACUGGGGACCAGCCCAGCAGAGAGCAUUUGAGGAG